UGUUUUCAGCAACAAUGAGAAAUCCACUGUUGACUGUGAAGAGCGUAUGAACAAUAUAAUCUGUUUUUUACCUGAGUAAGACAUUCGGAUUAUUCUUGUGACGACACAAUGGACACUGAGCCUGAUGCAGAGACGAGUAGCUGCUGUCUUGCCACAAUGCUGGGCAGUGAGGAUAGCGAAGAAGAAUGCAGCCAAGAAGAGCUGCCAAUCACAAGCUGGAACGAGCUGUCCAUCAUAGAGCGCGUAGGCCUCAACAGUGUAGAGAUGUCAGAGAAAGAUUUGGAGACGGCCUUCUCUCAGAUCGCCCUGGCCUUCCGCUGUGAUCAGUACACCCUGAAGCAGAGGCUGCAGGCGGAGGAGCACGCCCGCAACCUGGCUGAGGAGAACAUCCAGCUGGAGCUCACCAGAGGCAGGGAGACCCUGGAGACACUGAAGGGCCUGUGUCUGGAUAGCAAGCGCAGUAAGAUCCUGCAGAGGCUGGAGCUGUCUCUGGACAUCCUCGGAGGGACUGUGGAACGAAUCUCCAACACAGCUGAGGUGCUCGGUGCUGUGCACCAGGAGGCUCGCGUGAGUCGGGCGGUCGAGCUCAUGGUGGCUCACGUGGCGAAUCUUAGGAGACGACAUGACAGAAGCGUGGCUGAGCUGGAGGAGGCCAAGAAGGUGAUCCCGCAACGGAACCCGUGCAGAAACGUCGUCGACCCCAGAGCAUCUCCAGAGCCAGAGGAAAGUGACAACAGAAGGAAAAGCUCUCAGCAGAACAGCAGUCGACGAAGGAUCGGUGCAUCAGUAAUUCCCAGCCAAACCCAGGAGAAGAUAAAGCGGGCCACUCAUGGAGGAUCCUCCAGCAAGAAGUCCUUCUGCACCUUCCCCUCCCUGAGCUUCGAGUCCAGCUUCUCUGCCCCGGCCAGGGACGACAGCUUCUCAGUGGAUGCAAGGCCACUGGAUCCAGAUGAAACAGUGUCAGAAGCUUCAGCUGCUCAGCUUCCUCCGCAGCCCUCUCCCACGCCCAACCCAGAGUGCCUCCCUUCAGAACAACUGGCCACCAGAAAGAUGCAAAGCAAAAAUUUCCCUCUGGACACUUUGCGACAGAGACACAAGGGCAAUGCUCCGUUACCGAAGAAAAAAGCAGACAUGGAGAAGAAGAGUAAGAAUAUUCACCGGCAGCUUUCUGUGGGCACGUACGGCUCUUCGCGGAGACAACGUCCUCAGCCUCACUGGUUGUGUCGCUGUCGCUGGGCGCUCAUCUGCAUGUACCUGUUUGUGCUUUUCUGUGUCAUCACAGUGACAUAUCUUUUGUUGGAAGCUUCGUGAUUGAGCACUUGAGCCAUGAACUGGAAUACACAGUUAUCUGGACGUUAAAUUCUGUGUAUUGUAAAC